AUGGUUCCUUCUGAUGAUACACAAGCAUCUUCUCAAUCAGCAUUGCAUGAUAUUAAACGUAUUUUACUUGUUUUGUCGGGAAAAGGGGGUGUUGGAAAAUCAUCUAUAGCAGUACAGCUUUCAUUAUGUCUUCUAUUACGUGGUGCACGUGUUGGACUUCUUGAUAUUGAUCUAACAGGGCCUUCUGUCCCACGCUUACUUGGCAUUGAAGAACAACGUAUUCUUCAGUCAUCAUCUGGCUGGGUUCCCGUUCAUCUUCAAUGUGUAACAGCUAAGGAUGAUGAAACAGCAGAUAAUGCAUCAAUUUGUAUUUCAAAAAACGCUUUAAAUGAUCGUUUUGAAGAAACCUGUGCUUACAGUGCUUCAGACAUUGCAAAUAAUGCUUCUGAGUUUUCAAAUAAUAUGCAUAUUGAUAUUUCAAAGGAUAAUUUUCUAAAAGUAGUUUCAAUUGGAUUUUUAUUAGCUCAAAGAAGUGAUUCAGUUGCUUGGCGUGGUGCUAAGAAGACAUGGAUGAUUCAACAGAUGAUUUCAGGUGUUUUUUGGGGUCCUUUGGAUUUUUUGGUUGUAGAUACGCCACCAGGCACAUCAGACGAACAUAUUUCAAUAGUUCAGCAUCUUUAUGCCAUAAAUGCGGGUGAAAAGGCACAAGUUAUUAUUGUUACAACACCCCAAGCGGUGGCUCUUGCUGAUGUGCGCAAAGAGAUUCGUUUUUGUCAUACGGCAGGGCUCCAGAUUGCUGGUGUUAUUGAAAAUAUGAGUAGUUAUAUUUGUCCUCAUUGUACAGUUGCUACUGAUAUUUUUUCUACUGGCGGUGGUGAGGAAUUGGCUAAAACUUAUAAUAUUCCUUUUUUUGGGAAAAUACCUUUGGAUCCUAAAUUUGUUGAAUUAAUUGAAAAUCAUGCAGCAAACAAACAAGAUGAUGCCAUAUCAUCUGAUUCUACUGUGUUAUCUGGUAUAAGAAAUUGGAAAUUGCCUGAAGAAUAUAAAAAAUCUGCUUUAUAUCCUUUAUUUAAAGAAAUUGCUCAAAAAAUUUCUGAAUUAUGA